UCAAUGUCUGUCCCAGAAAUGUUGAAUCAGAUCCUGGGUAAUGUGCCCAGCAUAACCUCUGCCUGUCCUCUCUCACUCUCGUAUGUGAAGAAGAAGAUAAGGAGGAGGAAGGAGAAAGGAGGAGGGAGAGAGAGAGAUGGAGGAGGAAGAAGAAGAAGAUGACGUCCUCCUUGCUGUCUCACCUGCAGGUAGCUGUCACCGUACUGACUGUGGUCGUCGUCGUGUGCAGGUACCGAGUGGAGCCCGGCUAUGGCGCCAGCUGUCUUGCCACAACGUCAUCACAGGUAAAUGGACUCCUUCAUCGGAAGAUGAGGCCGUUGGUCGAUUACCUGGAUUCGGGAUGACCACACUUAUAAUCAAUGGAAACUUGGAAUGCGGCAAGGGGACAACGACUCCCCAGGAGCAGAGGCGAAAGGGUUUCUUCGACAGAUACUGCACUGAUCUAGGGAUUGACCAAGGAUCCAAUCUUGACUGUGCCAACAUGCAGCCGUAUUAGACGAGUCCCUGUUGUACCCAACCAACCACUACCCAGCAGGCGCUCCACUCUCUGCACUAUUAUGGGACCAGUAUGGGGACCCAG